CAUUUGAUAAUUGAAUAAUUGAUUUAAGGUAGGUGUAGGAAAGUAAAAUAAAACCCACGACGGCCGUAAAAAUAUCUGCACUGUUAUUUCACAGAUCGCAACUGCAAAAUGGUUGAUAAAGAGAUCGUAAAGAAAUUAAACAGGUUAAAAGCCUUCUGCGGCCUGGCUUUGAGCGCUUCCUGGAAUAACUACGAAUUAUUGAAAGUCGCUCUUCAGUGCGAACAAAGAGAUGUUGCUUUAUUCUUGUUAGGUGUAGACUGUACAGUAAACCGUAAAUCUGAUGUAAUUGACAACACACCUUUGCACUAUGCGGUGAAGCUUGAGGAUACCAAACUUAUUCAGACACUCUUAUCAAAGAGAGCUUCACUUACUUGCCAGAACCAAAGAGGUGAUACACCUCUUCAUUUAGCAGCUAUGUCAAGAAACACUGCGAUCGUUGAUCUACUCCUUCAAAACUUAGAAUCAACGCGAUACGCCAAUCCUGCAAAUAAGUUUGGUCUCACACACAUGCACAUUGCAUGUAUGAGGGAUAAGCCAGAUAUUGUCAACAGGUUUUUGAUAAGUGGUGUUAAAAAGGAUGUUUCAGUAAACUUGGAUUCUCCUUUAUGGCCUGGAUACACACCGUUGCACUUUGCUGUAGAAUUUUGCUGCUUGGAUGUUGUGCAAUUACUGAUGAAACAUCGCUUUGAUGGUAAAUACAAGGAUGCUCAAGGAACAAGUCCAUAUGAUCUAUCGUACUACAAAUAUCAGAAUGCUUCAAUGAUUAAUUUCUUCAUGCAUAAACAGUAUUUGGACUCUGAUGGACCAAUUAAUUUUCACGUUGCUUGUUUGGAAGGCAAUAAAGGGAUUGUAGAGAAGUAUUUAAAACAUGGAGCAAUGAGAGAUGGUUGUAAAAUAAACAUUUAUAAGAGCUGUAUAUAUGAACUUGAUAAACCACUUCACUGUGCUGCAAGGAGUGGAUCUGCGGAAACAGUUAAAUUAUUACUAAAGUAUAAUGCAGACAUACAUAGUACUAAUAAUUGGGAUAUGACUCCACUGCAUGUUGCAUUUUAUAUGGAGUCAAUAAGUGAUUUUCAGGAAAGAGUUUUCAAAGUCCUAUAUUCAGCUUAUAAUUUUAAAGAUAUGGACAAUCUAUCUGACGAUAAUAGAUUAUCCUUUUUUCAUAUCAUAUGUUCCCAAGGCAACAAUGAGUUAAUUGAAUAUCUUUUGAAAAAAGAUGUUGAGGUGGAUAGUUCAAUUAAUUAUGUUUCUGAUGGUUGGGAUCGGAUAGGAUGUGAAGGUUAUACCCCUUUACAUUUUGCAAUACAGAAUCAUCAUCCUGAAACAGUAAAACUACUCUUACAAUAUGGUGUAGAUAUUACAAGAGGUGAUGAGACUCCUCUUGAAUGCGCAAUAUCCUUUGAGGAUAAUGAAAUCAUAGAAAUAAUUUUAGAAGGUGUAUCAAAUCUCAGUAGUGUGAAAAUAUAUACUGGAGAAAAUCCAUUUCAUAUUCUUUUAAAAGAUUAUGGAGGUCAUGACUGUCAACGUUUCAUAAAUAUUUUAUAUGAAAAAGGAUGCAAUGUUAAUAGACAGUCCUAUACUGGGGAUACACCACUUCAUAACGCAUAUUUUGCUUCUAUUUCAAAUAUUAAAGCUGUAUUAGAUAUAGGGGCUGACAUAAACAUUGAAAACAUAAAAGGCGAAACGCCGCUUAUGGUGAUAAAGAGAGAAAUGUUAUCAGAAUAUUGGCAUUUCUUUAAUAUGGGUUUACCUUAUGUAUACAAAGUGUUCUUAAGCCAUAUAAAAAAGUUGAAAACGAUUGGAUUUUACGUGAGUGAAAAGAAUAGAUUCAUAGAAAUUGAUCAAGGUAAAAGUUACCAUGAAGUAGAAUAUUAUUCUGUCUUACAACAUCAAUAUGAAAAAGAGAUAGAAAAAAUGAAGCAGAUCAAACUAACUAACUAUUCGUCGCUUUAUGACAUUUUAUUUGCUGAUGCUAAUCGAAUGGCUUUUCAUUCUAAUAAUCAAUCAUUUUUAGACAUAGUGAAGUUAAAUGAUUUCGACGAUCAGUUUCCUUCUUAUGGGUAUUUGCUCAAAUUACAAUUGAAGAAAGGAAACAAACGAAAGGCUAUUCUGGAACCUGCCAAAAAAGCAUUGAAAUUAAUUUUGAGAAGAGAAUUGCUCGAUUUUUGUGCAGAAGAAGUAUUAAGUUAUCUAAGUGACGAUGAUUUAAAGUCUGUAAUUCGAAUCACCAAUAAGAGUUGCGAUUUCCGACAAAUACUCGAGAAAUAUGAUACUGCAGGUAUGAAGUGUGAGGUGGACAAUGAUAUAAAAUCAAUGAGGGACUAAAUUAAUAAACAUGAACGAAACAUUUGUCAUACUCA